AUGAAAACUGGAACGACGGGCCUUCUCAUAAAGUCGGCCACGAGUAACUGGAUCGUCGCCCCUGCGCGAACAUCUUUACCACAAUGCAUACGAAACGAUGGCCCAAGUAAACAGAAAAGAUCGAUAAGCUGUAUCAGGACUACUCGGCCUCGAAUCCCUUGUGCGACAUCGUCAAGUUUACCAUUAUGCCACAACACGCAACAGAGGUCAUUUCACGCAUCAUCCCGAGCUUUAGCAACGAAGAAUCCAUACACGGUCCUCGGCGUAGAUAAAGGAGCGUCUUCCGGAGAAAUCAAAAAGGCAUACUAUGGUCUAGCAAAGAAGUUCCAUCCGGAUACCAAUAAAGACCCCACGGCGAAGGAAAGAUUUGCAGACGCACAGUCUGCGUACGAGCUUCUACAGGAUCCUCAGAAGAAGGCAGCAUGGGACCAAUUCGGCGCCAGCGCCUUUGAUCAAGGAGCUGGGCCGAGUCCAGGAGGUGGUGGUGAUCCAUUUGGAGGGGGUAAUCCCUUCGCUGGUGGUAAUCCGUUUGCUGGUGCUGGAGGAGGUUUCGGAGGAGGGGGCGGGUUUGGUGCCGAAUUCAACUUCGAGGAUCUUUUCAGAGGGUUUACAGGAGGAGGUCAAAGAAGAUCGACUCGUGGACGCAAUCCGUUUGAGGAAGAAAUGCUUGUUGGAGAUGAUAUCUCUGUCCAAACUACGAUAUCCUUUGCGGAAGCCGCGAAGGGUACGACUCGAACGAUAAACAUCCAGCCACUCGUAACAUGUAAAACAUGUACAGGAAACGGCCUAAAAUCGGGAGCAAAGAGGGAAGAAUGUAAAGCAUGUGGAGGCACUGGAACACAGAUGCAUGUAAUUCGUGGAGGCUUCCAGAUGGGUUCUACAUGUUCUGCUUGUGGUGGUCAGGGUAUUAAAACUCCUAAGGGUGGUGAGUGUAGAACUUGCCAUGGCAAUGGUGUUGUCCGAGAAAAGAAAGCUGUGAAUGUCACGAUACCUGGAGGAAUCGAGGAUGGCCAACGAUUACGAGUGCUCAAUGAGGGAGAUGCACCUGUGUCCGGAACAUCUCAAAAUCCCGAGGCGCGUGCGGCUCCUGGCAACCUUUACGUUCAUAUUUCGGUGGCUACAGACCCUAAAUUCAGCCGCUCGGGUUCAGACAUCUUACACACAGCGAGCAUUCCGCUCACCACAGCUAUUCUUGGAGGCGAGGUGACGGUGCCAACACUGGACGGAGAAGUCAAGAUCAAGGUUGCUACGGGUACUGCUACUGGAGACAAGGUGACACUAUCCGGAAUGGGUAUGAAGAAGUUAGACCAGCGAAGGAUGAAAGGAGAUCUCAAGGUUGAAUUCAAGGUUCAAAUGCCGAAAUAUUUGAGCGCCAGUCAGCGAACCAUAGCGGAAUUCUUGGCUGAUGAGCUAAAUGACAAGACGGCAAAACGAAUCAUGAAUGUCAACCGAGAAAAUACCACGUCAGAAUCUAGCAGUGGAGAUAAAGGCGAGUCUCACAAGCACGAAGGGAUCUUGAAGUCUCUUUGGCACAAACUCACCGACCACCCAGACCAUAAGAAUGGUUCAGAAAGUUCCUCCAAGAGCGACUCGUCAUCUAAGGAUGAAAAGACACCCAAUGACGACAAGAAAUCUUCCGGACCUUCGAGUUGA